AUGUUUUUGAUUGGUUAUUCGAUUUUGCUGCUACCGUCAGUGAUCGCCGUGCACAAGUGCUAUAUCAAUCAUUAUUAUGUUGAGGACGGGAAAUCGGCCAGGGAAAUGGUGCCCUCGAAAUGCGACACAAACCAGUUUUGUGUUUACGUGAAAUACGGUGAUUCGAAUCCAAAACGAAAGCAGGGAUGGGCUCAAGGAUGUGACAAAACUGAUUGCAAAGAAUCUGAGAAUCCGGAUUGCGUUGUGUGGCAACCGGUGAAAGGAAAUCCCAACUAUAAGUGCCGAAAACACAACGAUUACGGUAACGAGGGUAGCGUUUGUUGUUGUAAAGGAGCUUUGUGCAAUCGACCACCACCCGAUUCAGCCACCACGUCAAGCUUCCUAUUUUCUUGUGCGCUCGUUUUGAUGAUUGUUUUGAGUGGGGAUCGA